GCGUCUGGCUUAGAGAUGAGCAGUCGAACCUGAGCCGCUGAUUCUCGCCCGUUACGGAUAACGACCCACGGAGGACGGAGAGCGCAUCGCCCCAGAGGUUGCUAUUGUCUCACAAAGAGCAUUUUGGAGUUGUAUUGUGUCUCUUCGGUUGCCAGCGCUUGGACAGCUUCUUCUCUUCGUCCAGUCAGACGGAGCGGAGUCGCGCGGCGAGGUGAGGCUCGUUCCCCCGCCCUGAUCUGCGCGCGCGUCUGGAGGACGGCGAACAUCGGGACCAGCAUCCGAGGAGUGUGCGUGUUCGGAUGUCGACCAGGCUCAGGACCAGCAGGACGGCCGUUGAUUAACGUGCGUGUUUUGACAUCAUUGUCCCCCAGAAGUCCCAGAACAUUCCCAUCCUCACAUCACCUUGUCCCAUCUGUGAUUCCGAGGCCCCAGUCACCCACAUUUGGUGAACCCCCCUCACCCUCUCCCCGCCCCCUCCAACCAUGGAGACCACCAAGCUUCCCCCGUCCAGCCCGUCCUCACCUACCAGCAGCUUCUCGGUGCCGUCAGCGGAGAAGGUGGACGGAUUCGUGCGACGAUCCAUCCGCAGGGCGCGCCGAAGGAGGUCCCCCAGCUCGUCAAACUUCCGAUACCAGAGCUCCGUGGUGGAGCUUACGCCCCUGCCCCUUCUCAAAGACGCCCCCGCCGCUGAAUUCCACGACCUCUUCUGCAAGAAGCUGCAGCAGUGCUGCGUGACCUUUGACUUCCUGGACUGCGUGGCCGACCUGAACGGCAAGGAGAUCAAGCGAGCGGCGCUCAAUGAGCUGGUGGAGAACGUGGCCACCAGCAAAGGAGUCCUCAUCGAGCCGCUCUACCCGGAGGCCAUUAAGAUGAUCUCCGAGAAUAUCUUCCGCUGUCUCCCGCCGUGCGAGAAUCCCGAGUUUGACCCGGAGGAGGACGACCCCCCGCAGGAGGCUUCCUGGCCACAUCUUCAGCUGGUGUACGAAUUCUUCCUGCGCUUCUUGGAAAGUCCCGAUUUCAAGCCCCCCGUGGCCAAGCGCUACGUGGACCAGAAAUUCGUAUUCCAGCUCCUAGAACUGUUCGAUAGCGAGGACCCCAGGGAGAGGGAGUACCUCAAGACGAUUUUACACCGUAUGUACGGAAAACUACUUGGCCUCCGAGCCUACAUCCGCAAGCAGAUAAAUCACAUCUUCCUCAGGUUCAUUUAUGAGAGUGAGCAAUUUAAUGGCGUCGCAGAGCUGCUGGAGAUCCUCGGCAGCAUCAUCAACGGCUUCGCUCAGCCCCUGAAGGCCGAACACAAGCAGUUCCUGGUGCGGGUUCUCAUCCCCCUGCACACGGCAAAGUCUCUGUCCGUCUUCCACGCGCCGCUGACCUACUGUAUUGUGCAGUUCAUUGAGAAAGACUCCACUUGCGCUGAGCAUAUCAUCCGAGGGAUGCUGAAAUACUGGCCCAAGACGUGCACGCGGAAGGAGGUGAUGUUCCUGGGCGAGAUGGAGCAGAUCCUGGACGCCAUCGAGCCGUCCCAGUUCGUCCGAGUCCAGGAGCCGCUCUUCAAGAAGAUCGCCGCCUGCGUCGCCAGUCCUCACUUCCAGGUGGUGGAGCGAGCUUGUUAUUUUUGGAACAACGAAUACAUCCUGAGCCUGAUCGAGGAGAACUGCCAAGUGAUCCUGCCGCUGGUGUUUGCCAACCUCUACACGUUCUCCAAGGAGCAAUGGAACCAACCCAUCGUGGCUCUCGUCUUCGACAUCCUCGAGACCUUCAUGAAAAUGAACGGCGAGCUGUUCGAACAGCUCGCGACGUCCUACAAGGCGGAGAAACAGAAGGACGUGAGGCGGCAGAGGGAGCACGCCGAGCUCUGGCGGCGCCUGGAGGAACAGGCGGACCGCAAAAGUUACGAGAAAGGGGACCAGCCGAGCCCCGCGGCUGGCGCAGACCGGCCCGAGGCCGGGGAGAGCGCCACCUAGGCGGGCGUACGUAACAAAAGUCGCGAGGGCUCACUCCAAUAGAGGUACACAAACCAAUCGAUAUUUUGUUGUUUCGUGUCAUGGAGGUGGUAGCUUCUUUUUGGUUUGAUUUUAUUUUUUCAAAGCGUACGCACUCCAAGGUCAAGAUUGUACCUUCGUUUUUUUUUAGGAGGAGGGGGGGGCGGGGGGGACUGAGACGCGCGUCAGGACUGGCUCUUUUUCCCCACUCGGUAAAUCAGAAAAUGGAUCCGAAAACACGCAGGCAGACAAUUUCCGGGCUCGUCUCUCUCCACACGACACUUGAACGUUCAAGACGGUUCAAUCAAACGUGUGUCACGUCUGCAAAAAAAAAAAGAAAUAAAUGUCCCCACGCUCGGAUUAAAAGUGUAUCUACAAGAGAUGAUUGACCGACAAAGAUGAAUUCAAGUCCUUCAAAGUUCCUUCUUCUUACUUGUUACUCGACUACUAAUCUACCCUAUACAGUGCCAUGAAAAAGAAUUUGCCCCCUUUUUGACGGCACCGUAGACAGAAACAUCCUCAUUCUCACUCGUACUACUGACAAUGACGAUGUUUUCUAUAUUUAUAGCAUUCUAUCUAAAUAACGUGUCCGUAGUGCGUGAUGAAAGAAACACUAGUGUAGCAGAUAACACGGCGAGGACGCGCAGAAAUUCCACACGGUUGCCCUUAAACCACCUCGGGGGAGAACGGCUGGAUGCCGGAGGCUCUUUUCUUCUUUUUCUUCGGCGGCGGGUGCUCACCGCGACACUUGAAAAGAGGGUGUGAAGGGAUCCGUUUUUUUUUUUUUUUUCCUUGGGUUCAUUCCAAACAAGUCGACCUCUGGCUUGAGCAACUGCACCUUCGGUGUGCUUUCGUCCAUCUUACUUUAGCAAUACUUUCAUUCCACCUUUUGUUGGCCGUUGUUCACGUUGUCUUAAAGGUACUUUUGCCUGUCAAUCAAUUACAUGUGAAUCAUUUUGCUGGACCGAACGAUGUAUUUAUUCUGGACUCAGUGAGAAAACGCACGGUCAUUUGUUUGUUUGGUUGUUUUAGAGAGAGAGAGAGAGAGAGAGAGAGAGACAGGGUUUACAUUUGAAUGUAUAGUGAAUCAAAUUGAUUGUCUUUUUUUGUUUUGUUUUGUUUGUUUUUACAAUUUACCUGUCAGCUAAAGCCUCGGUACAAUAUUUUAAUUUAGACACAGUGCAAAAAAAAAAAAAAAAAACCCCAGCAAGAAAGCAGGGUGUACAUGAUUGAUGCUGCUGAUUGUCUCUUUUCAUCAACCCAAAAUAUGUAAUUGUGUUACCAAAUAUCUUGAUAUAUGCAGCCUUUUUU